UAUUAAAAAUGUUGGAAUUUGUUAAUUAAAUAAAUCUCAAUGCAAUGAAUUUUCGCAAUGCAAAAGCCCGUCAGCCGGAAAUAGUGCGUUCCGUACAGAAAGAUGCCCGUUAUACAAAUGAGUUAUCUGAAGAUUUGUCCGAUUUGUUGAGGCUUACCGGAGCCAGAAAUUGGAUAAAGUACAAUCAAAUGUGUAAAUUGAUAGCUGAAAUAUGUUAUCAUGGUUUUGCUUCAGUCAACAGUUUACAAACAUUAGGAGAAGAAUAUACGGGCAUAAUACAAGUGGAUUCCCAAUAUAAACACAUUCCCUCAAGACUGCUUCAACUAACAGCUAUCAUACUAGAAUUCGGUGGCGACAUCUUAUAUUUUAAAGUCUUACAAAAACUUGAAAAAUAUAUAGAAGAUCAUGAGGAGAUAGUACCAGAGGCCAAAAAGAAACUAACAGCAAUUAUUAACUGUAUGCGUUGUUCUCCCACCUACAUAAAAGCCUUACACAAAUCUUUAUUCUAUUUACGUUCGGACAAAUAUCAAAUUUCCAAACGAGCAACUGGCAUAAACUAUGUUCUAAUUAGACACUGGUUACAACCCGAAUUUUCACUCUAUGGUUACAAAAUCUUGGGUAUUGUAACAUUUUUCCAAGUGAGCUUUUCGCUUGUUAUUGCAGCAUUUGAUACUUGGAAAGAACACAAAAGAAAACGAUAUGAAACUGAAAAGGCUUCAAAACGAUUUGUACAAAAAGAAAAGUUUUCGAGGCAAAGAGAAAAACUAGAAAAUGUUCCUCAGUGUAUAUUGUGUUUGGAGCCACGUAUGAAUACCAGUCUGACGCCAUGCGGUCAUUUGUUUUGUUGGAGCUGUGUUUUGGAUUGGUUGGAUGAACGUGACGAAUGCCCCUUGUGUAGAGAAUCCUUGAAAAAGUCUCAAGUUGUGCAGUUGCAAAAUUAUAUAUGAACUUUGGUAGGUGCACAAUUAGAUUAAACACAUUUGGUUUUGGAUAAUACUAUUUUGUAAUUUGUUUAAGAUAUAAGUAAAUGAAAAUAUUUAAAUAAUAAAGAUGAUAAAAUAAAAAAACUUACUUCUUUA